AUGGUGCUGCCUCUGCUGCCCCUGCUGCCCCUGCUGCCUCUGCUGCCCCUGCUGCCUCUGCUGCCUCUGCUGCCUCUCCUGCCCCUGCUGCCUCUGCUGCCUCUGCUGCCCCUGCUGCCUCUGCUGCCCCUGCUGCCUCUGCUGCCCCUGCUGCCUCUGCUGCCCCUGCUGCCUCUGCUGCCCCUGCUGCCCCUGCUGCCCCUGCUGCCUCUGCUGCCUCUGCUGCCCCUGCUGCCUCUGCUGCCCCUGCUGCCCCUGCUGCCUCUGCUGCCCCUGCUGCCCCUGCUGCCUCUGCUGCCCCUGCUGCUCCUGCUGCCCCUGCUGCCCCUGCUGCUCCUGCUGCCCCUGCUGCCUCUGCUGCUCCUGCUGCCCCUGCUGCCUCUGCUGCCCCUGCUGCUCCUGCUGCCCCUGCUGCUCCUGCUGCCCCUGCUGCCUCUGCUGCCCCUGCUGCCUCUGCUGCCCCUGCUGCCCCUGCUGCCUCUGCUGCCCCUGCUGCUCCUGCUGCCCCUGCUGCCCCUGCUGCUCCUGCUGCCCCUGCUGCCUCUGCUGCUCCUGCUGCUCCUCUAA